UCAAUCUUCUCCGCUAUCAAAAUAGUGACGGGUCUCUUUUUCAUAACGAGACUUCUACCAUGGCAACAAAAUGAGCAUUCUCCUUCCUCGAGAACAGAGUUUUGAAAUUUGAAAUGGCGGGAGUGGUUGAAUUACGGACUCUGCUUGACCAAGCUUUGGGGCAACCGGAGCGAGGAGUUGUCGACUUUAAGUUGCUGAAGGAAUUCUUGCUUCAUGUUCUUGUUGCAAACACACAUGCAGAAAAUGCGGGGAUUUCGCCAAAUAGCGAAGUUGGUGUAAAAAAUGGGGCCGCAUCUGGAGUGACUUUGUUGGAAGAUCCUAAAGCUUUAGAAAGAUUUAUGCAUGGGAAUUCGUUAGAACAAGACUUAAAAAGCGUCAGAGAAAAGCAAGAUGACAUCGCGAAGAGACUCCUUAAAAUCGAAAAUGAAAAUUCAAAAUUUGCACCUCUCGACUCUUUACCAAGCGGAGAGGAACUGCUUUCAAAGAGAAGAGGGCUGCUGGAUAAUUCUAAAAAUGAAAGCAGCCCAGUGGAGGGACAGGUUUCUUUAUACAACGAAGAAGUUGAAGAGUCAGGAGAACCCGGAAGUGGAAAAUUCUUGAAUAAUUCUUGGAACAACGUUCGUGUGAACAAGAGGCUGCAAGCUUUGGAAGAUGGCGUCGAUAAGUUGUUUGCAAUGUUGGAUAUAUUGACAAAUGAACAAAAGAAGUUGAAAGGAGCGUAUAAUAAUGAUCGAGAAAAUGACAUUGUGGAGGAGAUGAGAAAGCUUAAGGAUGACGUCACAGCAAUGCAAACGAGGCUAGAUAAAAUGAAUGGAUUUGAAAAUGAUAUAGCUGCUGUUAACAAAAGACUUGAUAUCGUUGAGCAAACUUUAGAUACGUUUAAAGCCUCGAAUAAAAAUUUGGCUAAUGAUGACGUAAUUAGUGAUUUGGAAAAGAGGCUGCGUGAUCUAGAGGCUACGAAUUCUAAGGACGAUUAUAGCAAGUUUGAUAAAGAACUAGCAGAUUUGAAGAAAAGAAUAGAAGGGUUAACACCGCGAAAGGAAAUGGUUGAGUACGUCAAAUGGUCUGCAUUAGAGGACGCAUUAGAUGUGAGGGGGUAUUUAAAACGGGGAUCAGAAAAUGAUAAAGAUACACCUGAGAAAGAUGACAUUCAGAAGGAAGGCAGUAUAGCACGCAAAAGUGUUAAUGAAGAGAGGUUGCCAAGUAGAACAGAAAGUGGCAAAAAUCAACGUGAAAGAUCUCCUGAGAAACUUGAUAGCGUGGAUGGGACUUCUCUUGAAGGAGGCAGUGAAAUUAAUAGGGGAGAGAAUGAAAAUGGAAGUCAUACAUCUGAAGGUGAUAAGCAGGAUGGUACACAACUGACAACUGAAGACCAGGCAUUUGAGCCUCCUUCUGGGAAAGAAUCCCAAGAGAGGCAUCCAUCAGCGGCUUUACAAGAUUGUUUGAGAAGAUUGAGCGAAAUGGCGUCCAAAUACGGCGAUAUGGAGUCCAAAUAUGGUGAUAUGGAGUCCAAAUAUGGUGAUAUGGAGUCCAAAUAUGGUGAUAUGGAGUCCAAAUAUGGUGAUUUAGAGUCCAAAAUUGACUCUCUCAAAGCGAGUGGAAAACCAAUUGAAGAAAAUAGGAGCCUUGACAAAGAACUUGAUGCUCUCAAGCAACAAAUUACAUCGACAAACCAAAUAGCUGAAUGCAAUAAAUCGCUAAUCGAUUCAGCCAGAGCAGAUAUUGACAGGUUGCUAAGUAAUUUUGGAAAAGAGGAUAAUGACGAAGACGAGGUUGGCAAUAGUAUAAAUGCAAUUAAAGAGCAUUUGAUUGAGUUGGAUGAAAGAGAGACCAAGACUUCGACUGGGCUUGCCAAUCUGAAUGCAAACGUUUAUAAAGAGCUAAAAGCAAAACAGCAAUUGAUCGACGCUUUAUACGAAUGCGUGGAACAGUUGCAAAGGAGCAAAGCUGAUAUCGGAAAUGCUACUUCGAUAUUUGACCUUGAGGCCUACAAGAAAGCGUUGGACACUAAGGUUAGCAUGAAUGAUUUCGAUCAAAUGAUGUUAGGCCUACAGAAAAGCAUUGAGGAUUUGCUUCAGCGGCUCGAUCGAUAUGCAAGCGAGGAAGAAAGCCUGAAGGAGGCUCUUGAGAGAAUGAAUGAUAACAUGAGGGAAAAGUUGGAUGCCACUGCGGAGGAAUCACUUAAGAAGUACCUGGAAUCGCGUAUUUCACAGCUGCAAAAGUCUCGUGAUAACCUGGUAUCCCAAGCUGGCCAGCAUAUCAUCACAAAAGCAGCCGGCUUCAGACGCCCAUUAAGCACAUUGUUCCACUGUAUUUCAUGUGACCGACCAGUUCAUCUUGAUGGAACCGGAAAUGCUAUAUCCACUCAUUACAGGAAGUACAAGGGUGCGAGUAAUGUCGGACAGCUGUCAAAAUCCAAUGAAGUAUCGCCAAGGGAUGAAAAGUCUUCCAUGGAGAGGAAUUCAUGGAGAGAUCCAUUUUCGGUAUCACGUGCUUGUGGAGGUAACCACACAACUGUCGCACAUAGUCCAAAGAAAGGCAUCAAGCCUUCUCCUCACAAAAGAGCUGCAGAUAUUGGACAUCUGUCUAGAAGUUUUGUGGAUCAACGGAAAAGAGAGAACACAAUUGUAGAUAUGCUACUUGGUACAGAUGGCAAUGUGUAUCGUGGAAGAUACAAAUUGACCGAUUUGCGAUAUGGUAAAGAAAAUCAUAAUUUUGCAAGCGAUCGAAGGCACCUAAGAUCUCGUUCUGCUGAGGCACGCAGGCCGACAUUGGCAGGCAACCAGCAUUCGAACGGAAUAUUCUCGAAUCCUAACUCAAGAUCUAGUAUACGAAGCUUGCCGCCUAUUGACAACGAGGCUUUAAUUUCAAGUACCCCAACGGCUUCAUUUCGCAUUGAACAUCGUGAAGCGAGAAAGAAGAAUGGGGAGAACGAGGUUAGAGAUUGAUAAUUUUGUUUUCUUGGAAACAAAUGAUUCAUAGCAUCGGUCUGCUCGGAGCUGAUAACGUUUGGAAACGUCUGUUGUGAGUACAAUAGGGGCAACCGGGGCACUAGGGGCAAGAUGUGGAUUCUUCUAUCACGUAUAUUGUUGGUGAGACAAACAACUCCGAGAAUACGAGUGAUUGACACCCCCCCCCCCAGUCUACAUUUGCACAAUAGGGUUUCAAAGCGACGAUGUCUAAAAAAUCGAUUUAUAGAAGUCAUCAAUUUUGACCUCGUAACUUUAAAGACCAUUAGAAAAUACCUCUACUUGUACAAAAGCAUGAUACUUUGCGAUUCAAUUCAAAGGAUAUACAACAGGCACCUAGCCAAAACCGACAUUUUGUUCCAAUAAUCACAACGUUUUUGAAGGUAUCUCCUAUAAUACAGACACUUCUAUCCAGCGGUCAUGACUACAGUACUACCCCACACCACUAAAAAACUAGUUUUGUAAGGGACAUGUGAUUCAACUGAUCCGAACAGCGGUGGCUCGACUUUACCUAUUCAGGACGUUCAUAUCUUUAGUAAUGUCCCUGGUCUACUCUUUACGAAAAUCAAGGACAAAACGAUAGACUUAAAGCGGUAAAACCUUUUUGCCUUUGAGAAAACUCUGGCCUCUAUUCAAUGGAUAGUUGUAAGUGCUUUUAGGACAAAGUGUUUUGGAUCCUUAAGUUUCUUACUGGUCUGAGUCUUUGAGAAAUCUGAUGUCUAAUAAGGUGUAGUAGAUGUGAGAAGACACGGAACACUUUCCUAUGUGAGAAGACAUGCAGCACUUUCCCAGCAAUCGCCCUGAAUAUCCUCUUGAUCCCAAAGCACGAGUAAAUAAAUGGCGAGCUACAAAUCUUGCUAAAUAUAGUUGUAAGGGAACGCUAUUCACGCUUUAAAAGUAAUAACCCCACUUAUUCAGCCCAUCCCCGUGAAAUUAGGCAAGCUGCCACUAAAUUUUCUAAUCCCCCUUUCUUCCCGUGCAACGUUGAUUCAUUUAUUCCAAGUGUUUAUGCUUCUAAUCCUGGUUAGAUUAUCACCAGGAACCCUACAAUAUUAAGAGAGGGGAAACAAAAAUACAAAAACUGUGACAAUUUUCUGUAGAUGUUAUGAUAUUGUUUCCUAAGAAAUAUUGUGCUAUCCUUAAUACGUCUUUGAAUUCAUAAGCCAUCCAAACGUUUUUUGUACUUUAUCACCCUAAUGAAAAUAUAUUUUUUACAAGAAAGAUUCCUUUGUUUGUUUUUGUAAAUAUUUGUAGAUUAAAACUUUGAUCUACCAACACGCACCACAGAUUCUGAUCUUCACACUAGAUUUUAUAAAACAGAAAUGAAAAGAUAAAUUAUAUUCAAAAUAUAAUAUAAUGGCCGAGUUGCGAUAUUCAGCUUCUUCUUGCCUUCGUUAUCUAUAAAAGAAA